GGUGGUUUUCCGGUUCAUCUACUUCACCCACCAAGUGGCCUUUACGUCUGUCUCUUCUACACCAAGCCUAAGAGGGAGAACAGUCUCUGCCUCCUCUACUCAAUUAAAUGCCAACCUGUCUUUGCCAACCUUAACUUUUCUGUUAUUUAUCCCUCGAUACUACCGCCUCUUUCUCUUCAAAUCUCACCUAGAUUCAUCAUACCCAAACCAAACCCUCACGUGCACUGAGAAAUCCACUGUUUUCCGCAUAUCUAUCUCCUCUCUAAGCAAUACCCAUUUCUUCAGUUCCCUCCUUUCGUUCCCCAACCCAAAGAAGUAAACUUUCUCUGCAUCCAUGGAGCGCUGUUUCAUCGAUACCCUCAAGGGUCAGCCUUAUUGGGUUCUGGUUCUCUUCACUUUGGGUUCUCUGUCUGUUUUGAAAUUCUCUCUUACCUUCCUCAAAUGGGUCUGGGUCAAUUUCCUCAGACCCGCCAAGAAUCUGAAGAAAUACGGGUCGUGGGCGCUGGUCACUGGACCUACUGACGGGAUAGGCAAGGCUUUUGCUUUUCAGUUGGCGAGGAAAGGGCUUAAUCUUGUCUUGGUAGGUCGUAAUCCGGAGAAGCUCAAAGAUGUGUCUGAUUGGAUCCUGGCUAAGUGUGGGAGGAUUCAGAUCAAGACUGUGGUUGUGGACUUCAGUGGGGAUCUUGAUGAGGGUGUGAAGAAGAUAAAGGAAACUAUUGAGGGGCUGGAUGUUGGGGUUUUGAUUAAUAAUGUUGGGCUUUCGUAUCCGUAUGCAAGGUUUUUCCAUGAGGUUGAUGAGGAGCUGCUGAGGAACUUGAUUAAGGUGAAUGUGGAGGGCACUACCAAGGUUACUCAGGCUGUUUUGCCUGGGAUGUUGAAGAGGAAGAAAGGUGCAAUUGUGAAUAUCGGCUCUGGUGCUGCAAUUGUUAUCCCCUCUGAUCCUCUUUAUGCUGUUUAUGCUGCCACCAAAGCGUAUGUUGAUCAAUUCUCAAGAUGCCUCUAUGUUGAGUACAAGAAAAGUGGGAUUGAUGUUCAGUGUCAGGUUCCAUUAUAUGUAGCAACCAAGAUGGCAUCAAUAAGGCGAUCCUCUUUCUUUGUUCCAUCAACAGAUGGUUAUGCCAAGGCAGGUUUGCGCUGGAUAGGUUAUGAACCCCGUUGCACCCCAUACUGGCCCCAUUCUCUCCUUUGGGGGUUGGCAUCCUUAUUACCAGAGAGUGCCAUUGAUGCUUGGCGCCUACCCUUCUGUCUUAAAAUCCGAAAGAGAGGACAACUUAAAGACUCAACGAAGAAGGAAUAGACAAACCUUAAACACUCCAAGAAGAAGGAAUAGAGUACCAAGUCCAGUUUGUUCAUGUUAUCUGUUGGUGCAGGCUGGCUUAGAUGAAGCUCCCUACUAUUUCAACUUCUGUAAUAGACUGCUCUUAAUUUUUUUUUUUUCUUUAGAUGAUUUCUCUGAGUAUGUUAUUGUGCUUCAUGUUCCAUUUCUUUAUUACUCUAUGUUAUAUUUAUGUAAGCUGCAAAUUUCAGUACCCUAUCCUUCAGUGC